GUGCACUAACAUCUCCAUUUCAUGUUUUUAGAAUGAUAAAAGAAGUUCAUGAGGAACCUCUACAAAAAAAGAAAAAAGCUAAAAGGAGUAGGAGCCAAACUGUCACUAAAACUGAGAAAGAUGUUCAAAAUGUCAUUAAAAUUGAGGAUGAUGAUGAGCUUGAGACAAAAACAAAGAGAAGGAAAAAGAAAAAAUUAAAAGAUGAGCAUUUAGACCAAUUAGAACUGAAAAAUAAGAAGAAGAAAAAGAAAACUGGCUCUAGAUUACUGAAAGAAGCACAUUCAGAAAGCUUUGUGAAUGUAGAAGGCCAUCUGGAUUCAGAACCUAAAGAAGAAUCGGAGGAACAAAUUAAAAUUGUCAAAAAGAAGAAGAAAAAAGCCCAGUGUCAUUCCUCCUUAUCAUUGGAGAAUAAUGAGAGUCGUGAUGUGGAGCUUUCAAAUCCCCAUGCAGAUGGUACUAAUGAAAAUGGAUUUGCAUUUAAAAAAAGCAGAAAGAAGACCUCUUUGAAUUUGGAAUUGGAUGGUGAAGUAACCAAGAAAAAAAAGAAGAAAAGCAUUUUUUCUUGUUCAUUAGAGGACAUCCAGGACAGUGAACAUGAACAGGCUGAAAAAGUUCCUAAAACCCCACAGAAAUGUAUUUCACAAAAACCUUUUACAGAUAUUAUCCAUAAUGAUGGGGAGAAGAAUUAUGUGAGAAGAAAGAAGAGAAAGAAGAAAAAAGAUAAGCCUGACUCCUUUUUACCACAAACAGAUAAUCAGGACAAUACCAAUGGAGUUUCUGAUAGCCCCACUGCAUUAAGUGACUCUGGAAAAAGGAAAAGAAAUAAUGCCCUGGAAAUUACAUGGACAAGUAGAGAGGAAGAGGACACAGCUGAGAACUCUGGAAGUAGCAGAGAGACCAAGAAGAAGAAGAGAAGAAAAGAUGUUUCUUCCUUAACACAUACAGAUAAUAAAGACUACAGUCACAGUGUUCCAGAUGAGCAUCUCCCAGCCCAGCAAAAAGUUGAGUCUGAGGAAGAAGAGCUUUCUGGGAAGAAAAGCAGGAAGAAUAUAAAGGAUAAUCGUGAAGUCAUCAAGAAGAAAAAGAAGAUUCAGAAAGAGGAGGAUUCAAAAGUUUUGUUAAACAAUGACAGUCCAUCAAAAAACCAAAAAAUAACACUACUCGAAAGCACUAAAAAGAACCAAGAGAGGGAAAUGAAGCAAACAGAAUGUGUCACAGGGGGCACUGUAGAUGGGGUAUUGUGCCACAGUAACCACAUACGCCGUGAUGGAAAAAGGAAAAAAUGGAAAAAAGAAUCACGCCAGGACUCUGCUGAAGAACCAGGUUCAAAAGCAAACACAGAAAAGAUCAAAAGAGAAGACAUGGGAAAUGAGGCACUGGAACAUGUGGAUGAUGUAAUUAUUGUACAGGAAAAAAAAGGAAACUGUGAUGAAGUUAACAUAGACAAGGUGAGGCGACAGGCUCUGCAAGAAGAAAUCGAUAGAGAAUCUGGCAAAACUAAGGCUUUCAGUCCCAAAGUGAAACAGGAUACAAAGUUUGGCCAGUGGAGUACAGCUGCUUUUCAAAGUUCUGAGCAACAAAUGAAGUUUCUUAGACUGAUGGGUGGCUUUAAAAAGGGCUCUGGUCCUAUUCAAAAUCUCUCAGCAACUACAAACAAACCAAACAUGGCUCUGAACAGGGAAGCGGAGGAGAAGUUACAGCAGGCUCUGAAGAUGGAAUUUGAUAAAGCGAUGGACUUGAGGCAACAUAGAGGAAUUGGUCUUGGAUUUCAACCUGCUGCCAACAAAAAAGUAUACAUAGACAAAUAUACAUCCAGAUCUAAAAAAUUUGAAGAUUAAAACUCCGAAGUAAUAAAAGGAAUAGAAAUUCAACUGGCAAA